UCCCCUAUAAAAGGAUGGGCAUUCAGGCAAUAUCCAACAGUUCCCAGAGUUUUUUUUUAUUGCAAAAAAAAAACACACACCAGAAAAGCCAACUUAACGAAGAAACUUUUCUUACUCCUGGUUCGGGAAGUAAGCGGAUUACUUUAGACACAAAGAAGACAACAUGAUUCUGCUCAAGGUUUCAGCUUUCUUUGUGGUCUACGCUGUCUUUAUGUGUCAGAUAAGCAGCUGUUAUGCGGCACCUACCAGAUCCAUGCUACAAUCAUCGACUGAUAGGGUGGCGCUUACUGAUUAUGAGGUCCGGAGGCUACUGAACGCGUUGGUCAGGGAGUUCAUGCAGAUGAUGGCAGAGGAACUGGAGCAACAAGUACCCGAUGGCAACAGCAGUGUCACUGUGCAAAAGCGAGCCUGUAAGACAGCCACAUGUGUGACUCACCGCCUGGCUGACUUCCUGAGCCGGACAGGGGGAAUCGGCAACAGUGACUUUGUGCCAACCAACACAGGGUCCACAGCCUUCGGAAGGCGAAGAAGGAAUGCCCAGAUGUAGAUAACCCAAGGACCUGGCUGACGGCAGGAACUGGCGAGACAAAGUUCUUUCACUUCUGUUCGAUGUCGCUUGGCUUGCUUCCUCCAUCGUAGAAGCACGGGACAAAAAAAUAAAACCGAUUGGAGAUGUCCACUCCACAACGUUUUAAUGUUACGGUUCAAACUCGUCUUGAUUUUGUCUGAGUUUUUUUUUGUCCACCCCCUCCCUCAUCUUCGGUAGGGCUAUAGAGCAUCUCGGUAAUGUAUGGUGCAACCACAAGACAAAGAACCACACAACUUUUACAUCCUUCCAUGAUUUUAAUAUGCAAAUUUUAUUUGACAUAAAAGUGAUGGCAUAUAUUAUUUAAUGACGCUUGGGUUCAGACGUGCAAAUGUGACUUCCAGCCCCCAAUGCUUUUAGAACCGUAUCUGGGCAGCAACUCUUGAGUAACUCGGGGAUAUAUUAAAUGUUGCCUCUCAAGGCAUAUAUGUAAUAUAUACUGUGUGUGGUGCCUUGAUGUAAAACACUAUAAAUUACAUGAUUGUACAGUAUAUUAAAAUGACACCUUAAGUAUUGUAUCAAUUGUGAAAUCCGCAAGAUUAAAAUAUUUUCGAUA